AUGUCUUACCACCAUGAUGUUGAUCAUCCACUGGCAGAUAUAACUUUCAUCUCGACUCCGCCGGGUCUGGCUUCGACUUGGAGUCAGCCCUCUGGUUCGUUCAAGCCUUCAGAGGACAUGCCCAUCAUCAUGAUGGCGCAUGGCCAACCUGACUCGGGCAUACUAGUACUCAGGUUAUCGGAUUCCGAGUCGACAGUGAUGUUCCUUCAAGUUGACUCAUCCGAGUCAGAUUGGCCUGCCGGGGAACCUGAAGUUCAAGUUGAACCACCAAGUUCGCUGACAUCUGCCAUCACGAUGAGUCCGAGUCAGAGAAGUGGGAGAAAAGGUGCUUUUGCAAUCAACGGUGACUCAGACUGUCAGGCUGACUUGUCGCCAGAACUUCAUACUAUUACUAGUACUACUACUAGUAUGACCCAUCUCCCUCAGACUCAAGCUGCUCUACCGAGUCUUUCCGGCACUUCCGAGUCACGGUCACACCAUGAUGAUGCGGCGGCGGCGGUUCAGAGAUCCAAAGCGCAGUCUAGGUGUUCGGCAGCAAGUCUGAAUGUGGCGACUCAGAAGGAUCAAGACUCGGAAGUUGACCCACCACCGGUCACGGUAUCACAGAGUCCCAGUUCUGUACCAGCAGUGAAGCGCGUCAUGAUCCGUAGGGAGAAGACGGGUACUGACUGGCAGUCUGUCUUCGACAUUAUCAAGUUGGACAUGGUCAUGAUAAUAUUGAUGAUUCUGAAAGAGCUCGAGACUCGAGAGUCUGUUACAAUUGAAAAACCUGAGUGGCGUGACACAGUCGACAUUUCGGACAUUACCAAGGGGCUUAGGGACUCGGAUGUAUCCGAAAUCAUACACCAGUGGCCACACUCAGCACCAGCAGCGAGCACAAGCAAAUCGACGUUCAUGAUAGAACAAAUUGCCCGAUACUACCACGACAAGUUCACCUGA